UGCUUCAACAUCGACCUCACGACUACCGACACCAGUUUUGCCUGGGCUCAAAACACAUUGCUAACCAGCUUAAAGGCAUCCUUACACAUUAUACCUACUUGUGUACACAUUCAGUAUUUCUCUAUCCCUACGCCCCCGCAAUGGGAACAACCUCCGUCCGCCGCAAUCUCUUCCACCACCAUAUCAGCAAACGCGCUGGCUCGACUGGCCCCGCAGGUUCAUCUGCACAGAGCAAAACCAGCAAUGGAACCUCUGUCCUAUCAUCGCAGCUGCUGCAAUCAAAUUCGUCUGAAGCACCUACAUCUUUGAGCGCCGGAUCCGUUGACAACGGGGAAAUCGUGGUUAAGGACAAGAACGGUAGCUACAAGCUUGAUGUCCCUGUACUACCCCCCUUGAUUGGUGAAGAUGGUGAGGAAAUGGAGGGUAUAGAAGGUGUGGGUGUCGGCGAUGGUUCCGGCGCAGCAGGGGGCAAUUUGAGCGCGCAGGAGAAAGAGAAGAUGGAGGCAAACCUUGUUGAGAUGAUGUAUCGGAAUCGAAACAGACAAAUGAGUAUCGAGCCUGCCGAAAUACUCAACCGUAUACACCAGAGCCUUCGCAAUAAGGUUGCCGCCUUAGAGGAAGAUAACUGGAUGUACGAGGCUGAAGUCAACUCGACGGCCUAA